AUGUUUUUCAAACUGUGCUUUGAGCAGAGCUCUCUGGUGGAUGAUGGCGAUGAGAACCCUGAGCGUGGAAACUGGACCAACAAGACAGAGUACAUGCUGUCUAUGAUAGGCUUUGCUAUUGGCCUGGGAAAUAUAUGGAGAUUUCCAUACUUAGCCUACAAGAAUGGCGGCGGUGCCUUUCUCAUUCCCUAUUUCCUGAUGCUGGUUUUGUGUGGAAUUCCUCUUUUCUUCCUGGAAAGUGCCAUCGGCCAGUUUUGCAGUCAAGGUCCAGUCAACAUGUGGAGAGCAGCUCCUUUACUGCAGGGUGUCGGUCUUUCCAUGGUCAGUGUGAACACAAUGGGGUCGAUUUAUUAUAACGUCAUCAUCGCCUACAGCCUGUACUACAUGUUCGCCUCCUUCCAGUCUGCUCUGCCGUGGUCCAGCUGCCUCAGACAUGUUGACAGUAACUGCAGCAACACACCCAUAGUGUACUGCAAUGUAAGUGGUGUUUUAGUGCCCAGCUGGACUCAGGAAAACAGCACUUGUCCUUCAUCCAACAUGAUCACAGUGCCAGUGCAGAGCCCGAGUGAGCAGUACUGGGAUCAUGUGGCUCUGCAGAGAUCCAGUGGUCUACAUGAAACAGGACCAGUAGUUUGGCACUUGGCCCUCUGUCUGCUGCUGAGCUCCAUUCUUGUCACUGCAGCACUUAUCAAAGGCAUCAAGUCAUCAGGCAAAGUUGUGUAUUUCACAGCAACUUUUCCUUAUGUGGUGAUUCUGAUCCUGCUGAUCAGAGGGGUGACACUAGAGGGAGCCAGAGAUGGAAUAGAGUUCUUCAUUGGUUCCCAAUCCAAUCUGACUAAACUGACUGAGAUAGAGGUCUGGAGGGAUGCAGCAGCUCAGAAUUUGUAUUCCCUCGCCAUUGCUUCGGGUGGAACUGUGGCUCUUGCUUCAUAUAGCAAUUUCCACAACAACAUGUUCCUGGACACAGUUAUUGUAACCCUCUUUAAUCAUGGUACCAGUGUGUUUGCAGGCUUUGCCAUCUUUUCAAUUUUAGGUCAUAUGGCUCACAUCUAUGGAAAGCCUAUCGGGGUAGUGGUGAAGGAAGGUUUCGGCCUGGCAUUCAUCGCGUAUCCAGACGCUUUGACUAAGCUUCCUAUUUCCCCCUUCUGGUCCGCUCUGUUCUUUUUCAUGCUUUUCCUUGUUGGCCUGGACUCUCAGUUUACACUUUUAGAGGUGACCACCACCUGCCUGUCUGAUGCCUUCCCUGAAUUCUUCAAAUCCAGACGUGCCUUACUGACAAUAGGAACAUGUGCCAUUAUCUUCUUCUUGGGCCUGCCAUGUGUCACAAGGGCAGGAAUAUACUGGGUGACUCUAAUAGACAACUUCACUACCGGUUGGGUGAUGCUAAUUUUGGCUGCCAUGGAGAUCAUUGGCUUCUGCUACAUAUAUGGGGGGAACCGUCUCAUUAAAGACAUUGAGAUGAUGAUUGGAAAAAAGACCAUGUGGUUCUGGCUGUGGUGGAAAGCUUGUUGGUUCUUCAUUGUCCCCUGUAUCCUUGUUGUGAUCCUGGUCUGGUCUCUCAUAGCCUUUGUGACCCCCGCCUAUGGAAAUAUCCAGUACCCAGACUGGGGCUUGGCUCUGGGCUGGUGCAUGACUGCAUUCACCCUUAUCUUGAUCCCUGUUGUUGCUUUGUAUAAGCUGAUGAGAGCAGAGGGAAGCCUCUGGAAGCGUCUGAAGUCGUUGUGUUCUCCCUCUGAGGAAUGGCGUCCCUACCUGGACAUCCAUCGAGGAGAAUGCUACUCUCAAAAGAAGCUGUAGCUGAAGAAGAGCAGUGUCAAUGAAUGAUAAUCAAAUGUUAAGUGUAACUUCCAGAUCACUGAUAGAUACAUUGAUAUGUUACAUAUGACACCCAUUGCACUAUAGAUUAAUCAAAUAAGGUGAUGAUUGUGUCAGCUUUUCAGAAGGAAUACGCAGCACAUGUUUCAAACAGCUCCUGGCUUUAAUGUGCUUUGAAUGUGCUAACACAUGUGUCUUCUCGACCAGUCAGCUUUGGUCAGAGUUUAACACCCACAUACAGUAUAAUUAUGUGCUUAUGAAAAAGCAGACAGACUGCCAUAUUAGUUUCCUCUGGAGCUACCUACUGAAAGUUCUGCUGCUAUCAAUGAAUUUAAAAAAGUCACUGCUGUGAUGGUAGGUUUGUGUUAAGCUUUCUUGUCUUUA